UGAUUUAAAAACGAUUUUACAAAAUCAAAUUAAUAACAAUAAUUUGAAUUGAAAAAGAAAAUGUGUGAAUGUCAAUGGGAACCACUUGCAGAAAUUGACUUAUUUUUAACACAAGAAAAUUUAAAUUUGAAAAAAGAUAUCUAUUGUUUAUGCAGUCGUGUUUUCAUUAGGAAUGGACUCGACAAUGCAAAUAAACUUGGAAAUAUAAGUAAGGAAAAUAACGAAAUCGUUGAAAACGUAAUAAAAAAUACUGACAUUACUGAAGAAACACCAUCAGUAAUUAAUACUAAAGACGUGGAUAGCGCGUUAAGCUGCUAUUGCAGUGCAUCCCACACUGAUAAUAUAUCAACAGACGAACACGAUAGCUUACGCAGCGCCCCGCCAUUUUCUCGUGGUCUACAAUCCAGUGAUAGUGGUGCAGAUUUAUCUGAAUCAUUUGUUGAACAAGAAACAUGGGAACAAUUUUGGGCACAUAAUGGUGAAAAAUUAAUAUGGACAUCAUGGAUAAAUAAAUACAGCGAUUAUAUAAAACCAGAUUGUUUUGAAUUAGAUAAUUCAGAUUGUACAAAUCCAACAAUCGAUGAAAUAUCAAUAAAUAAUACAGACGAUAAAUCAAUAUCAAAUGAAAGGAAAUGUUCAGAUAACGAUUCAUAUCAUAAUAAGUUAAUUGACGGUUGGAAUCCUUUAUCACCAGCAAGUAUUGAUGAAAGUCAUCAUCAAACACAAGAGUCAAUCGAACAAUUGUUAAUAAAUCCAAGGUGUGAUUCGGAAUGUAGUGCUGUAAAUACUAAAGGUACUACAGAUUCUAUGACCAAUGUUACAAAAAUUACAAUUUCUUCAUUAGAAUCAAGCAGUAGUAGCAGCAGUAGUCGUAGUAGCUCGAGUUCGUUAUCAGAACCACUUUCGCCAAUACAAAGUUCAUUAAGUUCUAGCUCUGAAUCAGAGAAUGAAUUAGGGACAACCAUAGACGUUGAUCAAUAUUGGCAACAUUUAUGGCAACAACAUUUUGAAGAACAAUAUUUUAUAAAUUUUCAAAAAUUUAAAUUUGAUAAAGAUAAAUUUAAAAGUGGUGAUCAAUGUAUCACAUCUUUUGACAAUAACGAAAAGAAAAAAAUAUCUCGCAAAGAGCUAUCUGUUAUACAUUCUAUUGGACGUACGCUAAGUAAUUUAAAAGUAAUGAAUGAAGAAGAUGAAAAUUUUAUUAUAAAUAUACAAGAGGUGGAUGUUACUAAUGAAAAAGAUAAUUUAAAAAUGAAUUCUGAUAAAUGUACAAGUUUUAAUGAAAAUCAUCAUUCGAUAUGUAAUGAUGUUAGUAAUACGGAAGUGGAGAAAAACCAUAGUUUAGAAGUAUCAGAUUUGGGUCAAUCUGAUGAGCAGGAAAUGUUAAAAUUAGGAUUGCCUGCUUUUUUUGGUGGUUCUUCAAAGAAUAUACAUUCACGAAUGAAUGACGAAGAAAAUAAUACAACUCUUUUAAAGCGGAGUCAUGAAAGUGAUUCUGAAGAGGUUAGUUCAAAUAGCAAUACAGAACGUCUUUCUGGAGCAUUUUCGUUAAUGGGAUAUGUCUGGUCUCCAGAAACAUCGUCAAAUAUAUCAGGAGAUGUUUCAUUUCGAAAAAAACAUAUUCGAUUACAAAAUAGGCAAUUAAAAAUGACACUUCCAACAAAUUCCAUAGUUCGCAAACAUAUUUAUUUUGACGAGGAAGGAAACACAGUUACGGGGCACGAGGAUGAGAUUGUUUUUAAAAAAUCAAACGAAAUAUCGAAUGAUCACGUGUUGCCAAUAGAUCUAGAAACUAGUUCAGAUGACGAAAAACAUUCGGGAAAUUUAACAAAAUUACGUUCGCAAUCAAAAAAGAAUGUAGCUGCAUGUGAUUGUUAUGAAAACAUAGAAAUAACUAAAGAAACAACUGAUUCAACCACAAAUCAAUCAAAUAUUCCUGAAAGUUUAGACAGUAUUAUUGCACGUUCUCGAAUUUUUGCUAAUAAAUCAAUAGAUAAUCUUGUUGAUGAAUUAGAUAAAAGUUCUGAUUGUGAUACAAAUAAUUCUGUAAAAAAGGAGAAAAAACGUAAGAAACGAUCGAAAAAGAAUCCUACUUCAAACUAUCCAACAAUUGUAACUGAAAAUCCUGAAUUGAAAAAAUAUUGGUUUAAACGAUUUCAGUUAUUUAGUAAAUUUGAUGAAGGAAUUUUACUUGAUUAUGAAAGUUGGUUUUCGGUUACUCCAGAAAAAGUUGCUAAAUACAUUGCAGAACGUUGUAGUUCAAAUAUAAUAAUUGAUGCUUUUUGUGGCGCUGGUGGAAAUACAAUUCAAUUUGCUUUAACAUGCGAAAAAGUAAUUGCAAUAGAUAUAGAUCCAGAAAAAAUUAAAUUAGCAAAGCACAAUGCUAGUAUAUAUGGUGUUGCUGAUCGUAUUGAAUUUAUCGUUGGAGAUUUCACGAAAAUUUAUCAUAAUUUAAAAGCCGAUGUAGUAUUUUUAAGUCCUCCUUGGGGUGGUCCAAGUUAUCUAAAGACUGAAAAAUACGAUUUAGAAUCAAUGCUUGAACCAGAACCUCUUUCAGAAUUAUUAAAGAAAACGAGACAUAUUACGCAUAAUGUAUCGGUUUUUUUACCACGAAAUAGCAAUACUAGUCAGUUAGCACUCUUCGCAGGACCAAAUGGUAAAGUUGAAGUUGAACAAAAUUUUUUAGAUAAAAGUUUUGUAUCUUUAACUGCAUUUUAUGGUGAUUUAAUUCAUUGUUUGGAUUAAUUUACUUAGUUAUAAGAGUAAUAAUUUAAAUUUCACAAAGACUGUACGUAAUAACAUUCUUUAC